AGUCCGGUUCGCGACCACGGACGAUGCGAAUCUCCGAACGGCCGGCGGAAAAUCUCUCCGGAAAAACCUUCGUUUUUUGAAAAUUUUCGCUGGCGCAAAAAACCAUGGCGGAAAAGCUGCGAGAGUACGAAGGUUUGGCGGGCCGGUGGCAUUCGUUGAGGGACGAUUGGCGGGCCCGGCGGGACGCUUGGCGCGAGGAAAAUCCCGCCGGAUUUUCCGGAUGGUUCAAGGAAAAGUGCUUUCCCACAGGCGGUGGUCCCGAGCUGGAUUAUUCGCACAUAUACAGGAGAAAAACGACGCGCGAACUGGUGAGAGUAUCGGCGGCGGUGAUGGGCGUCGAAUUUUCGUACGCCGCCGAGACGGCGUUCGUCUCGCCGACGCUGCUCAAGAUCGGCGUCGAGCACGGUCGCAUGACGCUCGUCUGGGCGCUGUCGCCGCUCAUCGGCUUCUUCCUGACGCCGGUGCUCGGCUCGCUCAGCGACGGCUGCCGCUCCCGAUGGGGCCGCCGUCGACCCUUCGUCCUCCUCAUGUCCCUGGGCGUCGUUUUGGGGUUGAUUUUAGUGCCGAACGGGGAGAAUUGGGGAUACGCGAUGGGCGAUCAGAGGCCGCCCGAGGCCAAUUACCACAGGAUAUCCUCGCACAGGACGAGCGCCCGAUCGGGGCCGAUCGAUUUUCGCGAGAACGCCACCGCUCGGGGGGCGGUGAUAAACGAGACGUUCGCUUACGAUGAUGAUGGUGAUGAUGAUGAUGAAAAUUUACGGUCGUUCGUUCCUUAUAACAAUUCGCAUCCUUGGGGCGUCCUUUUUACGAUCCUCGGAACGGUGCUGUUGGAUUUCGACGCCGACGCCUGUCAGAGUCCCGCGAGGGCUUAUUUAUUAGACGUCACCGUACCCGAGGACCACGCUCGCGGUUUGAGCACCUUCACCGUAAUGGCCGGCCUGGGCGGUUUCCUCGGCUACGCCUUGGGCGGCAUCAACUGGGACGUCACCUUCAUAGGCGAAAUGCUGGGCGGCCACGUCAAAGCCGUCUUCACUCUCAUCACGUUCAUCUUCAUCGGCUGCGUCGCCGCGACGCUCACCAGCUUCGUCGAGAUGCCGCUGGACGCCGUCGAGGCGCGCGCCGCCGACGUCCGCUCGUACGGCGCCCUCGACCGCCGCGACGCCGACGCCGACGCUCCGGAAGAGUAUGCACCGUUCGAGGAGGCGCCGCCGGAGGGCGUCGAGGCGUCGCUGACGUCCUAUCUGACGAGCAUCGUCUACACGCCGCCUUCGAUUCGCAUACUCUGCCUCACGAAUCUCUUCUGUUGGAUGGCGCACGUCUGUUAUUCGCUCUAUUUCACCGAUUUCGUCGGGGAGGCCGUGUUUCGUGGCAACCCGAUGGCGAUGGAAGGCAGCCGUUCGAGGGAGCUGUACGAAUCGGGCGUCAGAUUCGGCUGUUGGGGCAUGUCGAUGUACUCGCUGUCCUGCGCCUGUUAUUCCACCAAAAUCGAGAAACUCAUCGCGAAAUUCGGCGCCAAGAAAGUGUACGUGGGCGGAUUGCUGGUGUACUCGACCGGUAUGCUGUUGAUGGCCGUCACGAAACACAAAGUAGGCGUGAUUGUGUUCAGUUGGACGGCGGGCGUCAUGUAUUCGACGCUCUUCACCAUGCCCUACUUGAUCAUCGCCCAUUAUCACGCCAAAGGAACGUUCGAAACGACCGCCUCGGGCGAAGAGAAGAUCUCGACGCAGAUCCGCGGCUUGGGCACCGACGUGGCGCUGGUGUCGAGCAUGGUGUUCCUCGCCCAAUUCGUGCUCAGCGUCUGCAUGGGCGCCGUGGUGAGCGCCGCCGGCACCACGACGGCCGUCGUCGCCGUCGCCAGCGCGCUGGCCUUUCUCGGCGCCGUCGCCGCCACCCAAGUGGUCUACUUGGACCUCUAA